GGAGGGGCUGUACUGCGCGCGCGCCCCGGAAACGGAAGCCUUUGCGGCCUUCCCGGCGGCUGAUUCGAGGGCUUGUUUGGUCAGAAGCGGCGCCUCAGAGAAGCUGCCCUGGAUCCCGCCAUGCCGUCUGAGGGUCGCUGCUGGGAGACCUUGCAGGCGCUGCGGAGUUCCGACAAAGGCCGCCUUUGCUACCACCGCGACUGGCUGCUGCGGGGCGAGGAUGUUUUGGAAGAAUGUAUGUCUCUUCCCAAGCUAUCUUCUUAUUCUGGAUGGGUGAUAGAUCACGUCCUACCCCAUAUGCAGGAGAACCAACCUGUCUCUGAGACUUCGCCAUCCUCUAUGUCAGCUUCAGCCCUAGACCAAAUUCCCAAAUCUCCUGACACAAGCUCUGCCUUUUCCCCAGCCUCCCCUGCAACACCAAAUGGAACCAAGGUAAGGUUGUGAUCAGCCUAAGAUAAAAGACAUGGUGGCUGCAAAGUCAAAAUGUUUAAUAUUUUCAUAUGAUAGUGACCAUACCCUAGGGAAAAUAAUGGUUGCUCACUGUUGCAGCAGCUUGUAGAGACAAUGUUGACAGCAUCAUUCAGUGUUCUCUUGAGAAAGACCCAGAGGGAGAAAAUCCCCUUUAUUCUUAGUACCCAGAAUAGUGUAAUUAAUUUCAUGAGCAAUUGGAUAAUUUUUUUUUUCUAAUGAACACCGCAUCUGUUUAACUGAUACAGUCUCCCUUGUUGUGUUAUCUGCUGGAAGAAGGCCUAGAGUGAAAUGUAUACCUGCUCUUAAAGUUUACGUAUCUUCUGUCACUGGUUCUGUGGGAGUUUUUACCCUAUUCCUGGCUCUGUUUUGUCCUUGCCUUUGUUUGGUUUUUGUUGUUUGUUUCUCUCACUUAAAAAUGUUAAAUUAGGGCCUUUUCCUCUCAGUAGUCCCCUCUCCCACUAGAGAGAGAGCUGUUUUCCUUUCUCUUGCCUAUUAAACCUGCACUCCUAAACUCAAAAACCAAAAAAAAAGUUAAAUUGGACCCAAUAUACUGGCUCAUGUUCAUAUUUUCAGUGCUUUGGGAGGCCAAGACAGGAGGAUUGCUUGAUCCCAGGAGUUUGAG